UAUUUUUGCUUCCAAAAUCAAACAAGGGCUGCUGGUCGAUCGAGCAACCUGUCCAGUAGUAUGCACGGUACCGAGCGUCGUAACACCGCCGAUCAUUCCCAUCACGGUACCGCCCGUAACGGGAGCACCACUGCCGACCGCUUGCUGUCCGUGUAACUGCCAAUCGCAACAGAGUGACGGUACGACGACUCUGCUGCUGCAACUGAUCAGUCAAAUAUUGCUGCAGAAUAUCGGUAGCAACACUACACCUGCAACCACUGUAUCGCCAUUGUGCACACUAACAAACCCGCUGACAUCCACCAACAUCCAAGUGUUAUUGGGACAGUUAAGAAAUGCAGGCGUAGUGCCGGAGCUGCUAAGCGUUAUCAGCCAAGCGUUGGUAGGGCUGCUAGGUGGCCAAACAUCACCUAUCGGUGUAACGCUACCGCCUCUAACGGGCACUUUGUUAGGGCAGCUGCAGCAAAACACGGGCGUUGUACCACAGCUGCUGGAGGUAGUGAGCCAAGCGGUUCAGAGCCUUCUUGGAGGUGGAGGAGGCACCACACUGCUACAAGGACUGCCGGGGAUUAGCACACUGCUAGGACAAACGAAUGGUGGCGUGCUGCCUGGACUGCUGCAAGUUGUUAGCCAAGCGGCACAAGGCUUGUUGGGAGGAGGAACAGUGAGUUCAGGUGGAUUGCCGCUUCCACUCGGGAAUCUAGCGGGCAGUGUAACGGGUGUUGUGCCUGAUCUGCUGCAGGUUGUCAGUCAAGCCGUCCAGGGUUUGUUAGGAGGAUCCAACUCAGCGCUAGGCAUAGGGACAAGCCAAAUAUGUGGAGUUCAGCCAAAUACCGGUGCGAUGCAGCAGUUGCUGGUUUUGGUAGUUUAUAUACUACAAACCGUGUUUGGCUCACUAGGUGUAGUAUGUCCGGUAACGGUACCACCGGUAACACUACCACCGGUAACACUACCGCCGGUAACACUUCCACCUAUACUAACCUUACCUCCCAUAACGCUUCCACCGAUACUGACUUUGCCCCCCAUAACACUUCCACCGAUCAUAACACUUCCUACCAUCCCCACAAUCCUACCCACGAGUUGCCCGACCGCAGUGAAUCAAAUCUGCCUGUCGCUUCAAACCAACUUGGGCCUGGUCAAUCAGCUCCUCUUGUCCGUUGGAAAUGUGCUGCAGAAUUUGCUUGGAGUACUACCGUCCUGCGUUAUCCCCGUCGUUACUGUACCAUCAGUUACGCUACCAGUUACCUUGCCACCUGUAACAUUACCACCUGUGACACUACCGCCAAUCACAUUGCCCCCGGUAACAGUGCCCACACUGCCAGCAGUAACCCUGCCCGGUGUGACGCUUCCGGGACUGGGCGGUUCGUUGGUCUCCGUCUCGCUUCAAGCAAAUCUGGAGCUGCUGAACGGGCUACUGCCCGCACUGCUUACACUGCUACCACUGUUGCUACCAUUGCUUCCGGCUCUCCUCGGGGCACUGCCAUUGCUCGGCUUGCCCGCCAAUCUGGUAAACAUUGUGGGCGACCUGCAGGCCAAUCUGGGCGUUCUUGGCGGUGUGCUGCCGACGGUACUGAGCCUUGUACAAACGUUGCUACCGGUGCUCGGUGCACUGCCGGCAGGGCUUCCGUCGCUUCCCGUAACGCUUCCCUCCCUUUUGCCCCAGGUGGCUAACGUUAUGGUUGAUCUUCAGGCAAGCUUGGGCGGUCUGGACAGUGUGUUACAGACGGUGCUAGGGUUGGUUCAAGCGUUGCUCGGAUCACUUCCAGGCGUUCCGGUGACGCUACCACCAAUAACGAUUCCCACACUCCCCGUUACGCUACCACCUAUCACAGUGCCAACUAUUACGCUACCACCUAUCACGGUGCCAACUGUGACGCUACCACCUAUCACGGUGCCAACUGUGACGCUACCACCGGUAACACUUCCACCGGUAACGCUUCCACCGGUGACUCUAAUACCGUUGGCUUUGUAAUUAUAAGAGAUGUAUUUUUAUUUUCAAAUAAAACAUUAACUUAUGAA